UCACCUAGUGGACAGAGGACUGCAAUGACAGGAAAGAUGGGAGUUGGUCAUCCUCACGGGGGAGGGGCUCCACCAAACCGGAUGAGUGGGAUCACAGUAGUAAUGGCAGUACAGGGUCCAGGCCCAGCUCUGGUUCAAGGCCUGGUUCAGGUUCUAGGUCCGGCAGCAGAGGGAGGAACAACCAGUUCAGAGGGCCAGCCAAGAACGGCAACAGAGAAGGGUCAUUUGACAUCCUGGGUACUGAUAUCUGGGCUGCUAACACCAUGGACUCUCAUGGGGGGGCGACAUGGGACCUCCAGCCUGAGAAGCUAGACUUCAGUCAGUUCCACAGGAAACCCUUCAGAGGAACACCAAAGCAUCUACCACACAUCGACAGAGAGGGGAUGAUGAAAGGCAAGUUUGAAGAUGAUGAUGAUGAUGGCAUUGACCUGAAUGACAUGGAGAAGUUCCUGCCAGGCCUUACUGGUUUCCUGCCCCUGCCUAACGAAGCAGAGAUCGCACACACCAAAACGCUCUUCCGACGCAGGAGGAACGACCGACGAGGGUUGCACCACAUCAUCCAGGACCAUCUAGACCUAACCGUGCUGCUGCCGCCCGGGGGGAAACGACUGGUCAGUACCAGGAGACAGCAGCAGCAGAGACCUCCGGGAGGAGGAGGAGACAGGAAGACCCAGAAUCCUCAGCAGCAGUCGCCACAACGACAACAACCUCCAUCUCAACAACAACCGGUCAAUCAUCAACAGAAUGACCAGCAGCAGCCCGGGUCGGGGGGUCAUGGUAGAUACCCUCGUGACCAACAGCAGCAGCAGGGAGGACAGCGUGGAGGUAGCCACGGGCAACAGUUCCAGGGCCACGGAGGGCAGCGUCAGGGACCUCCCCACCACGGCUAUAGCCAGAAUCGCCGCUGGCACCACAACCAGAAGGGGCAGGGGGUAGGACAGGGACUGCAGGGGCAAGGGGGCCCGGCAGGUGACAGGGACAGGGGGGGACAGAGGGGGGGCACCCACGGGAGACAGGGACAGAGGGGGGGCACCCACGGGAGACAGGGACAGAGGGGGGGCACCCACGGGAGACAGGGACAGAGGGGGGGCACCAACGGGAGACAGGGACAGAGGGGGGGCACCAACGGGAGACAGGGACAGAGGGGGGGCACCAACGGGAGACAGGGACAGGGGGGGGGCACCAACGGGAGACGGGGACAGAGGGGGGGCACCAACGGGAGACAGGGACAGGGGGGGGGCACCAAUGGGAGACAGGGACAGGGCAACCACAACGGGAGACAGGGACAGAGGGGGUGCGACCACAAAGGGAGACGGGGACCGAGGGGGGGCAACCACAACGGGAGACGGGGACAGAGGGGGUGUGACCACAAAGGGAGACGGGGACCGAGGGGGGGCAACCACAACGGGAGACGGGGACAGGGGGGGGGCAACCACAACGGGAGACGGGGACCGAGGGGGGCAACCACAACGGGAGACGGGGACCGAGGGGGGGCACCACUCAGAAACACCAAAGAGACAAAGAAUGUGAAGGCAGAGGAGACCAGCACCAGGCUGGAGACAGAGAGCUCCAGCGGCCCCAGUGAGGGGCUUCCCAGCCAGCCUGGGGGCCAGGAGAAGGGCCAGAGCCCGACGGGGAGUGACAAGCACAGGGACAGCCAGCUGGACGAGGGCCCUAAAGUCAGCCUGCUGCAGUCAUCCAAGGAGAGGCUGAGGAGGAGGCUAAAAGAUAAGGAGGAGGCGGUGGUGUCUCCGGUCGGGCCCCAGCGGAGCCGCAUGCACCGCCUGCUGGAGAUCCUGAACAGCAUGAGGAGCAACAGAGCCGGAGUGGACAGCCAGCUCAGCUCCUUCAUGGAGGAGGCCCAGAGCUCCACCCAGUCAGAGGAGACCCUGGCCCAGAUAGUCAGCACCAUCUAUGACAAGGCCCUCAGCGACAGGAGCUUUGCUGCUACUGCUGCAAGGCUCUGUGACAAGAUGGCCCUGUUCAUGGUGGAGGGGACCAAGUUUAGGUCACUACUGCUCAAUAUGUUACAGAAGGACUUCUCUCGUCGGGUGGAGCUGCAGGCGUCUGACGUGGAGCUUUGGUUGGGAUUCAUCACCUUCCUGUGUGAGGUUUUUGGAACCAUGAGGUCCAGCGCUGGGGAACCGUUUAGGGUGUUGGUCUGUCCUAUAUACACCUGUCUCCGAGAGCUGCUGCAGUCUCCCGAGGUCAAGGAGGAUGCAGUCCUCUGUUGUUCUAUGGAGCUGCAGUCCACAGGUCAUCUCCUGGAGGAGCAGCUUCCAGAGAUGAUGACUGAGCUCCUUGCCACAGCCAGGGACAAGAUGCUAUGUCCGGCUGAGUCCCAGCUGACCCGCUCCCUCCUCAUGGAGGUCAUCGAGUUGCGUGCCCAUCACUGGACCCCUCUGGAGGCCCUCACCACACAGUACUACAACAGGACCAUUCAGAAGCUCACCACCACCUAGCCACCCAGGUCCCAGGCCUGGACCUAGAUUCACACGGCUUCGGGUCUCUCUUGAAAAAUACAUUUUAACUCAAUAAGACUACCUGGUUAAAUCAAAUAAAAAAAGGUCCACUUGUCUGACAUAGGGAGGCCUUAACUGGGUUGAUAGCUAGGAGGCAUGGCACCGUACCGGGCGGCAGUACAGAAUUUAUCCGGGGACGGAAGGGUUUAGGUUCCGGUUUGGGGAUGAGACAGAAACGUGAAACCAUGCAUAAACAAGACACACUACACACACAACUAAAAGGACUGGCCAUGCUGCCUGUUCCAACGAGACGGGAGGAGGACAAAGAGUGGUUGUGAGACGCAUAGAGGAGAAGGGUGUGUGGGGGUACAGGGUCGGGUAACAGCCGUCUCUGGGGAAAAGAGGGUCUCCUCGGAGGUUAAAAAGAGAAGGUGGUGUCCAGAGGGACAUUUCAUUCUCUAUCUCCUUUGUGCUUGUCUGCCAACUACCCCCCUAUCUGUUUCCUCUCUCUCUCUCCUCCUCUCAGCUCUAGACCCCUUCCACCCCCAUCUGUUUUCUCUCUCUCCUCCUCUCAGCUCUAGACCCCUUCCACCCCCAUCUGUUUCCUCUCUCUCUCCUCCUCUCAGCUCUAGACCCCUUCCACCCCCAUCUGUUUCCUCUCUCUCUCCUCCUCUCAGCUCUAGACCCCUUCCACCCCCAUCUGUCUCUCCUCUCU